AUGGCGUCUUCCUCUUGCUCUUGGGAUUUACCUGAAGACUUCAUUGAUAAUGCCGUGUAUUUCGAGUUCGAUGAAAAGAAGGGAACCUUUGUUGAAGUGGAAGGGUAUUUUCCUCAAUCUCCUGAUUCCUACUCGGAUAUUGAGGACGUUGAAGAGAUUUCUGAUGAAGUGGUUGUUGACUUUCUCAAAAGCUUUGAGGAUGCAAAACAACAUCUUGUUGAUAUAAUGAAGUGUCUGGAUAUGGUAAAAACUGAGUUGAAAAAGAAAGAAUUUGCUACGAAAGAACUAGGAGACUUGGUUUAUUUUCUUGGAACUGAGGCUGUUAGAAAUUCUGAUUCUAUUAUAUUGACACAGAAGAAGUGCACUUUAGAGUUAUUGUCUAAAGCAAAUAUGGUUGAUAGUAAACCCUGUGAUACACCAGUUAUUAAGGGUGCCAGAGUUUCUAUUCAUGAUGGUACCAAAUUGCAGAAUGCAAGUGAAUAUAGAUCUAUUGUAGGCAGUUUACACUAUCUAACUAUUAUUAGGCCAGGUAUUUGCUUCCCAAUGAACUAUGUGUCACAAUUAAUGCAUUCACCAACUGAUGUACAUUUACAACUAGUAAAAAGAAUACUCAGAUAUUCAAAAGGCACAAUUGGUCUAGGGAUUACUUUAAGAAAAGACAAUUUGCAUACUUUGAAAGCUUAUACAGACUCAGAAUGGGCAAGUUGUCCAGAUACAAGGCGAUCAACUUCAGGUUAUAAAGUUUUCUUGGGUUCCAAUUUAGUUUCCUGGUCUUCGAAGAAGCAGCCUACUGUUUCUAAGUCUUCAGCUAAGGCUGAGUAUAAGUGCUUAUUUGUUGCUUCUGCAGAGUUAAAAUGUCUUGUUGAUUUAUUGUCUGAACUACAUAUUUUUGUCUUAACUCCGACAAUACUUCUUUGUGAUAAUACAAGUGCUUUGUCCUUAGCAUCUAAUCUUGUUUUUCAUGCUAGGACAAAGCAUAUAGAGAUACAAUAUCAUACUGUUAGAUAA